AUGUUGCCGGAACUCGGCUCUCGAAACCUCACUUCUUCUGACAGACCCUUUCCUCGCAAUGUGCCCUCCUCACCUUCUCUUCUGGAUUGUCACCAUAGCCCACCAAGGGAUCCAUCGGCACAUUCAGGCCUCAAUAUCCGGCACCACAGGCCGAAUGGGAGGCUUGGAUACGCCUUCAUGCGUCCACCAAACAGCUCUCUGCCCGCCAGAGAUGCUUGGCGAGCACUGGCUCACCAACAGCGCCAGCUUCGCUUGCUCAGCUCGGCCGCCUUGAGCGCCAGCAGCGCUUCUACAGCUACCGCAUCUACGUCAUCGGCCAACUCUCCUUUGUUCCCUCUCAGACUCACGUUCUCAGCGACACCGUCUUCCCCGACCAAGGUCAGAUCUGCUCGACGUCCAAGACCGCUGUUCGCAUUCGCCUACUCGACCUCCAACCCUGCAUAUCCCCUGCCCGGCUCCAACAACGAGAUCGAUCCCCACGGAGUCGACUUUUCCCUUUUCGAGCCUGAAGAUGAGGUCUACGCCCAACAAGCAUCGUCGUCCACAUCGAUCAAGAGUGCGGACGGCGCCGGCCAGGAUACGUCCACCUCCAUGACAGGAGAGUCAAUUGCGGCCCUCUCUCCGUCCACCCAGCUGCUAGCACGGCUAAUCCAGGAGGAGGAUUUCAAGGCAGCCUCAACAGCGCUAUACCAGUUCCAGUCUCUGGGCACGACUCUCAACGAGCCUCUGCCCGAAUUUGCCGUCGCGGCAUUGUGGGCGAUCAAGCGUGGCCGGAGGCACGACAUGCUCAGCUGGAUGCGUCUCUGCCCCGAGUACACGCCAAGUAAGAGAGGCGUCGAGGCAGAAUCCAGCGUCUCCUACGCUGGCCAAGACGAUCCUACUGUGUCCCAUAUUCUCAAGUGCUUUGUGGUACUCCUCGAAGGCUACGGAGACGAACUGGAACUCCUGCAGCAGGCGAGCCUCAUAGCCGCAGAAAAGGGACACUGGACCGUGAUCCGGUCGUCUCUGGCUCAGAUCCUGCGGUACGGUAUCGGAGGAACGUACGGCUCGGAUGCUUCCCAUUCCGUCCUGGCCUGGCAGUACUUUAAGCAACUGGUGCUCGGUCAUCGACGCGAAAGGGCGCGGAGACUACGCAGCACACGCCAAGAGUUGAUGCCAGCGCACCUCGAGCUGCGUGCUCUCUACAACCUCGGCAUUCGCACACUUGCGCUCGCAGGUCGCCUAGACGAUGCAAUCUCCUGGGCACAGCACAGUGCGCGGACAUCUCAUACCGCCGAGGGCGUCGCGCACAUUGUCAGCACGUCCAACUUCACGCAGCGGCUGCUAUUCGAGGAGCUGUUUCGGGCCGGCGGCGAGUACGUCCAAAAAGCAUACUCGCUGGCCGAACUGCUUGCGUGUAGCUCGAAACGCGGAAGAAGGGCGGUAGAGUUGGCUAAUGUGGAUGGGAUCGCCAAGCGCAUCGCGCGCGAGACUGCAUCCUCACUGGAAGCAGAAAGUGUCGAUACGGAGGCCGAACCAGAGGCAAGACUGGAUGCCAUCUUGCAGACGCAUCUUGAUCAAGGCGAUGUAUUUGCUGCGAGAGAGCACCUUCUCUCUGUGCUGCGGAGUGCGGAAAAGGUGCGUCGCACCGACGACAGUCCAAUGCCAGAAGACUAUGCCCCCGGCUCCAAAGACGCGGCUGUCUUUGCGCAUCUGCCAUCGGCGCGCACGCUAUCGAGACUGCAAGACUUGGCGUACAGCUAUGGCACCGUACCCAUCACGGUGUCGCUGACCGAGAGCGACGUUGGGCCCGCAGGCACGACGGAUGGAUCUCAAGCGUUCCCGUCGCAGGAGGCCGUGGGAGCAGACAAAUUCUUGUCGCCCGUCCGAAAACGUCUGCUUACAGUGCGUGGUGGCAAGGGCCUGUAUGAGACGGCUACGCUGUACGGCUUGGUCAAGAAGGCCAAGUGGAAGGCUGCGCUGGACUUCUACGUUGGCAGCAACGGCUUCAAGAUGCCGGCGGGAGGCAUCACCAGCGAGCUGAUCGCACUUGCACUCGCUCAGUCGGGCCUUCCGCCAUCGGAGCGAUCGGGACACGAGCUGGCCGCUCGACGGCUGCUGGGCAAAUACUGGCCAUCCACGCAUGCCAUCAACCUGGUACUGCGUGCCGUGGUGGGAGUGUGCAUGGAUGCCAAGGACUACGCUCGUCUCACACGCGUGUACGAGCUGUGGAAAGAGACGGCGUCGAUGAGGCGAAUGCCUGACAGCGAGCAUGAGGGCGAGCAAGAGCAAAAUCACACGCAAGAGCACGAGCAAGAGCAAGAGAACGAAAACGAGAACGAGCACGAGGACAAUGGAAGCGCAUCGUUAGCAUUCGAGCAUUGGCCGCCCUCGCAACCACCGAGCAGCCGUACCUUCGAUGGGUUCAUCCGCGCAUUUGCUCGAUUAGAAGUCGACGUUGCCACCAGCGGCACAGCCAGCGGGACGGAGUCCGAGACGAUGCCAGGACAGAUGAAGAAGCAGGUGUGGGGCUCUAGCCAGGCGGUGCUUGGAGUGAUCCGCGACAUGACCGAGAGGUUUGGGGUGCGGCCGAGUGUUAGCACGUGGACGAUUGCACUCGAGUGUCUUGCGCGCGAGGGUCGCGAACGCUGGACCAACACGACUUCGAUCCUGGCGCGUGCGGUGGGUAUCAACACGAUUUCGCCGCUCUCUGCGGCUGCUGACGAAGCCGAACCCGUGCUGGCUCAGGGUGACUUUGCACCGGCCAACUUGACGACGUACACGGCGGUGGUGCAUGCACUGUUGCGCGUGUCGCAUGGCGAUGGAGGAAGCAUGGUGGAGGAGGCAGCUGCGGUGCGCGAUGAUCUGUUGGCACGUACGGUCGAUCUGGACCUUGCGGUUCGAAGCCUCGUUCGGUCCGAAAGGAAUGAUGGCGAGGAGGCAGAGACGUUCUGGAGCGAUCUGCUCGAGCGAUGGGAGGCGGUACAGCAGGCGGUAUCGCAACGCGGCGCACCGGACCAAAGGCAACAAUGGCACGCCCACAAGAUGCUCAAGGCUAACGGAGGCCGUACAGUCGAGGCGCUACGCGAGCUGUGGCUGCUCGAGUCGAGUCCAGAUACCCCACCUCAGACGUACUAG